AUUUGCCUCUUACAGUCUCGCGAGGACUCGGUAACAACACCAAACGAAUUUGAGGGAGAUGGGAAGAAAUGAGGUCUGAUAAGGACCAACUGACCGCGGGUAAAGAUAAAGGAGUCGUCGAAAUUCAUUUGAAAGACGUUCAAGGAGAACAGGAAAACGCCCCCGCCAGUGCUAAGCUGAAAGAAGAGAAAAGGGAGGUUUUCACGAAGGUGGUUAUUAGAAGGCUUCCACCUAACCUGUCAAAGGACCAACUCGAAGAGCAUCUUAGUCCUCUUCCAUCUUAUGACUAUUUUGAGUUUUUUCCAGCAGAUCAAAGUCUUUAUCCCCACCUGUUCUCCCGAGCUUAUAUAAACUUCAAAAGCACAGAAGAUAUCCUGCUGUUUCGAGAUCGAUUUGAUGGUUAUGUCUUCAUUGACAACAAGGGCCAGGAGUAUCCUGCUGUAGUAGAGUUUGCCCCUUUCCAGAAAAUUUCCAAAAAGAAGCUGAAGAAGAAAGAUGCCAAAGCUGGAAGCAUUGAAGAAGAUCCAGAAUAUAAGCGUUUCUUGGAGAACUACUCCUGUGAUGAAGACAAGUCCAUGGCCAAUCCUGAGACCCUUCUUGGGGAGAUAGAAGCUAAGACUAGAGAGCUCAUAGCCAAAAGAACGACGCCCCUCCUGGAGUACAUAAAAAACAAGAAAAUCGAAAAACAGAGGAUCCGAGAGGAGAAGAGGGAAGAGAGAAAGCGACGGGAACUUGAAAAGAAAAGGCAACGUGAAGAAGAGAAGCGAAAGCGACGAGAGGAGGAGAGGCGCAAGCGAAAAGAGGCUGAGAAACAGAAAAAGCUUUCUGAAAAAGACAUCAAGAUUAAGCUUUUAAAGAAGAGUGACAGAGAUGAUGAUGUUGAUUCAGAUCGAAUAAAGGAAAAAAGUUACCCUUGUGAUGUAGGUGGGGGCAAGUGGGAGAAAACUGGAGGACAACCAAAAUCAAAGGACCCAAAAGAAAACAGAGGUCAGCCUGAGAGUGACAAAGAGCAGAGAGAGCAGCACAGCCGCAGGCAGAGAGAUAAGGAUCACCGCGGUAAGGAUGACGAGAGAAAACGGCAACGACAUCACUACGAGUUUGAAAAGUUCAUGCGCCGGAAAGAUGAGACCAAAUGGGGGAAGGGCUACUGCCAGGACCGGGCCAAGAAAGAGGGCCAUCAUCAUGGCUAUUCUUACUGUCCUGACAGUGGAGAUAAAAUGGGAAAGGAGGACAGGGAGGAUCUGAGCAAUAGAAAGGAACGCCUCCGAAACAAGGUGAGCGAGAAGGACCGUCCAGCCAUGCAGCUCUAUCAGCCAGGUGCGCGCAACAGGAAGCGUAUGGGUUCAGCUAAUAAACCCUAUGACUGCCUUCCCAUUGAUCAUUCCCCUGAAUGCAGGACGGAGCAUUGUUAUGAGGUCGUCAGCAUGGGAGCUGGGAAGGAGAGGGGAUUUGAGAAAAGCAAAGAUGAGCAGUGAGUGGUUUGGGUUUUAGGAGAAGAUUAAUGAUGCACAACAAUUGGGGAUUUUUUUCAGAGUAAACUGAUGGAAGCUGUUCUUACUGCUUCACUGGUUUCUUAGUUCCUGUUUGUAGGCUGGUAUUGAAGUUGUAUGUGUUUAUAUUUUUCUGUCACCACGUUUUCAGCCUCAUGUAUUGUUAUGGUACUUUCCUCUCACGUGUGGUAUAAAGCGUCACAGUUACACCCAGGACAACACAGUAUUUGUAAGACAAUGACAUUGCCUUCUGUAUGAGAAACUAUUUACAACAUAGGAAACAUCUUAAAAUGUGUUUUCUUUAUUCUUCUUAUUUUAUUUAUAGUAAUAUAAACAUGUUUUAUGUCAAACUGAUAAAGAAAUUGACUUUUAAAAAUUUGGGGUAAAGGUAUUUUGCUGUAUGUACAGUUAACCAGCAGACCAAGAACAACCAAGGAAAUCAAAUUUCAUCAAAAUGUUAUGCUUUGUGAAUUCAUGCAUAAACACCUACAGUGUCACCAGAAACUAAGAACACCAUGUUAUAUUUUCUACACUCUGGUAUAUAGAUUUAUUCUAAAACUGCGAAUAGUUUUCUAUCAUUUAUAUUAAGCUUGGGUGUAGUAUCACUUUCCAAAAUCCAUAAAUCACAUUUUCUGGCAAGUUUGUAUAUUUAACAGAACAAUUUAAAUAAAAAUUGGUGCCUAAGUGUUCACUUCCUUUAAUAUAACAGUUAAAAUAAAGUUCUGGUACAUCUGA